AUGCUGAAAUUCUUAAAAAAGCAUCCCCCCAAGGAAAGCGAGGAAAGAGAACAGCUUAAAAAGGAGCUUUUUGCAUUUCAAAAGUGUGUUGAUCAUGGAUUUCCAUCCAAACCCAGUGCGUUAGCAUAUGAUCCCAAACUGAAAUUGCUUGCUAUUGGGACCAAGUCUGGAGCAAUUCGCAUCUAUGGCACACCAGGGUUUGAGGCCUCGGCAGCCCAUGAAGGUGAUGUCUCUGUUUCCAACUUGUUCUUUGUCCCUGACGAGGGUUAUAUAGUUUCAGUCUGUAGUGAUAACUCCCUGCAUUUCUGGGAACUGAACAACCGAAAUGGUACCUGUGUCCUGGAGGAGAAAAAGUUUGAAUCCCCUGAGCCAGUGAAAUUGAAGAAUGUAUCAUCAAGCUGCUUGAGCACUGAUGCAUCCAGGCUCUUUGUUGGAACAGGGGCAGGAAAUGUUCAUGUCAUUGAUGUCAAGAGCCUCACAGAAAGCAGCGUCAUCACCUUGGAGUCACUCACUCAGAAUGUACCUGAUGAUGUUAAAGCCAACCCAGGAGCAGUGGAAGCUGUUGCAAGCAACCCAGCUAACAAGGAUCAGUUGCUCAUUGGCUUCAGCAAAGGAUUGGUUGUGCUUUGGGAUACAGUCAAGACUGCUGUAGAAAAGACCUUUAAUACUUCAUCGCAACUAGAGUCUCUAGCUUGGAACAGAAGUGGUGAAGAGUUUAUUAGCUCCCACAGUGAUGGAAGUUAUGCUGUCUGGAGUGUCAACAACCCUGCUGCCCCCAAGGAUCCUGCAGUCAGCCCAUACGGUCCAUUUCCCUGCAAGGCAAUCAAUAAGAUUCAGUGGAAGGCCACACAAAAUGGAAUGCUGACUGUACUGUCUGGGGGCAUGCCUCGUGCCAGCUUUGGAGACCGCCACACUGUUGGCAUCAUUGAAGGGGACAAUCAUAUAGUAGCAGAUCUGUCAUCCAGAGUCGUUGAUUUCCUAGUUCUCUGCCGGGGUGACGAGAAGGAUGCUGUUGAUACUGGAAGGGACGACCCUCAUGCCAUAGUUAUCCUUGCUGAAGAGGAACUGGUAGUUUUGGACCUUGAAAGUGAGUCAUGGCCAGCCUUCCGUCUGCCAUAUCUCCACAGCGUGCAUUCAUCAGCCAUCACAAGCACCCAUCAUGUCAGCAAUGUCCCAGAGCAGUUGUGGCAGAAAAUUGUGGACGCAGGAGAUGCCCAAAACAAGAAUGUGUCAAAGCGGGACUGGCCUAUUAAUGGUGGUCAAAGUUUGAGCUCCCCUCCGGCCACCAAGGACUUACUUUUAACUGGGCACGAAGAUGGAACUGUUAGAUUCUGGGAUGCAUCAACUACGAGCUUGCGUCUGCUGUACAAACUGACCACUUCCUCACUUUUUGGCAUUCCUGAUCAUGUUGCAAGCGUAGAGGAGGAGGAGUGGCCACCCUUUAGAAAGGUUGGGACAUUUGACCCGUAUAGUGAUGACCCAAGACUGGCCAUCCAGAAACUGGCCCUUUGUCCGCUCAGUGAGACUUUGGUCAGUGCAGGGGCAGCUGGGCAAGUGUUGAUUUUCACCCUGGAGAGGCAAGAACGGGAGCUUGACCUUAAGGAAAUCAAGGUUAACGUCUUGAAUGAUCAUGAGGGCUUUGUCUGGAAAGGACAUGAUGCUCUUAGCUCUAGCACCGAGGGCCUGAAGCUAGCACAAGGCUUCCAGCCCACUCUUAUUGUACAGCUGGAGCCUCCUGCAGCCUGCACAGCCCUGGCUCUUCACUCAGAGUGGCAGCUAGUUGCUGCUGGCACAGGUCAAGGUUUUGCCCUCAUAGAUUAUGCUCAAAAGAAAGAGGUGAUCACACGAUGCACCCUGAACCCAGAUGAACUGACAGGGACCUCGGACACAAUUGUGGCUCGAGGGAAGGCUUUGAAGAAGUCCCUUCGAGAAUCAUUCCGCAGACUGCGCAGAAGGCGAUCUGAGAAAAAUCAGAGGGUAGAAAGAGUCAAGUCAGAGGAAAAGGAGGCGACUACAUCUGUGACACCUUCUGAGGAAAGAGCAACUACUCCUACUGAGACAGCAGCAGCAGCACCAUCUGAGGCAACACCUGCAGCAUCAGGUGAUGCUAAACAGGCGGAACAGCAGACUCAACCUCAAACUGCAGAAAAUGCUGUGACAUCCAUUGUGCGAUCACUGUACUUUGCUGAUACGUUCAUUAUAAAUGGUGUUUCUCACAGUCCUUCACUGUGGGUUGGAACCAGCGGAGGCCACAUCUUUGUGUACAGCCUGACUGUCCCAGCAUCUGAUAAGAGGGCCACUGAAGAAGUUCAGUGUGUCUUGGCCAAGGAGAUCAAACUGAAGCAUCGCGCUCCCGUCCUGGGUAUGGCUGUUAUAGAUGGCAAAAAUAAUGUGCUGCCCGAUGCCUUUGAGGUGGUUAACGAGAGAGCCAAGGCACCAGACAUGGAGGGCCAGCAUUCAGUGAUCAUUUGCUCAGAGGAACAACUCAAGACAUUCUCCUUGCCAGCAAUGAAGCCAAGAUGGAAAAACAAGAUCACUGCUGUUGAUGGGACUAGGCUGAGAAAGUUAAACUUUGUGACUUUCAGACGAGAAGGUGACAACUAUAGUGAGAGUGACAUUGCCUGUGUCACCAACACCGGGGAUGUGAGAGUGUACUCUGUAUCCACCCUGAGGAAGCAGCUGUCAUCACAGUCCCUGACCAAGGAGGAUGUCAAUGGAAUUUCAUCAUUUGUGUUUACUAAAGAUGGGCAGGGCUUUUACCUUCAGUCACCUUCAGAGUUCUCUCGAAUUACCUUAUCAACAGCAAGUACUUCAGCAAUCCCUAAAUGUGAACUUGAGUUGGCUGAGGGUCUGAGGCCACCCCCAGAGCCCAAAGAAGAAGAGGCAGCAGCUGAUAAGACAUUGACCAGGCAGCCAACGGUAGAAGUGACUCCAGCCUCCGAGGAACAAUCCCAGGAAGCUGCAGGAGAGGCAGAUGUAGCUGCAGCAAGUCCUGAUGACUCACGCAUGGAUACGUCAAUGAUGUCUGCAGAUAUUACCGUCGACAGCGUGAAAGAUGUGCUUGCUGAGCCUGAAGGCACCAUCGUAACCUCUGUGCGGACAGUAACUCAGACAACAACGAGCACUGUGUCAGAAAAUGUGGCCUCAGCAGCACAGGAAGCACAGCAGACAGUUACAAAUACAUUUACUAACGGGCUUGCAGAGAUUCAAGAUGGUGUGACUGACGUAUUGCGAGAGACACAGCGAGAGGUGACCACUCGAACAAGCGAAUUUGUCACUCGGACUUCAGAGAAGGUGACCCACACAGGCGAGGAGGUCAUCAAGCAGCUGAGUGAACUGAAGAUGACCACAGCGGUCAUCGAAGACCCAUCUCUGCUAAAGCAGAAGCUGGUCGAGAGCACUGUGACCAGCACGACUACAACCACCACCAGCGACUCGGCGGUGACGACAAAUGGAGAAGAGAUAUCUGUUGAACCAUAA